ACUUCCGCUGCUGACCAUUUCUUCCUCACUCCUUCGAAGUGAAGAAUUGUCCAGUUUUGAGCACAUGGGUAAUUUAUAGAUGCCAUCGGUAGAAAAUGGGGAAUGUUCAAGCGUCGAGUCCUCCUUCAAGUUCGCUUCCUGGCUCCCCUCCGCCCUCCCCUCCGCUGACAGCACCUCCACCACCAACAACGACGCCGCCAGAGAAGAUCAUUCCCACACCUCCGAUUGGCAACCCUGGCACGUUUGAAGAAUUGCAUAAGAAAUGUAAAGGUGAGGCUAAUAUAUAUUUUACUCUUGACACAUACAGUAAAGCUUUCAGUUGAAAAUCAUACUUGUAUGAAGUAUUAAAGGUCUCGCAGAUGUAUUAUUAUUAAAAUGUACAACAUGAAUGUACAUCUUUGUACCAUUAUAAUAUUAAAGUGUCACCGGCCUCUUUAAAUAUUAAAGUUUCUAUCUAUCUAUUUCUAUAUGAUAUAUUCAUUUAUAAUAUAGCAUUUGUAAAUUCUGAACACUGAUUGGCUAAGAGCCGUGUUGAUAUAACUCAAUGUCAACAUGGGAAAUUUUCCGCCGCUUGUAAACACCGAAUUUUUUCUUAUCCUUCAGGCUUUCUACAUUGCUAUAUUAUAAAAAAAAUAUAAAACAUUUUUUCCGUAUUGAUAUAUAGUUAUAUCAACACUCAUGGAAGUUGGGAAAACUCGAAAUUGUAUGAAAACACUCCGUCCUUCGGCGUCGUGUUUCCAUACAAUUUCUCGUUUUCCCAAUUCCACUCGUGUUGAUAUAACUGUAUAUCAACACGGAAAAUGUUUUAUAUUUGUUAAAUAUAAACAUAGUUUAUAAGCCAAUUUUUGCUACGGGUUGAUGAUGGAUCUUUCCCGACAGGCAAAAUCAGACAAAUGACAUUCCAUUUCUUAGUGCGAGGAUGCAUUCAAUAAUUUCGGGGCUGUUUGACUACAUCGCAGUAGAAUCGGGAAUUGGGCACUGAUACGAAACUGGACAAACAUAUAUAAUUGUGGUCUGUGGAAAUUAAUUCGUAGACUGUUGAAAAAUUUCUAAAAUUUUCAAAGCUCCCCUCCAACUCCUACAGUGCCCCCCCCCCACUUAACCAUGUUGCCUCCAAUCAGUUCCUUUCUCAAAUCUCGAAAUUUAGAAGGGAGGUUUGGUAGUGACUGAAAUUUGCUUUGUGAAUCUUAUGUCCAGUCUUUUAUCAUUAAAUCAGUUCAAUGUCUUUUAUCACUAAAUGAUUCAAUGUCUUUUUAAAAAUUCUUGUAAAUGGCCUCCACUGCCACAAAUAUAAUUCUUAAAAGAAGCCGGCCUUGGGACGAAUUCAAGUACAACGAAAUCAACAAUAUUAUUAAUAUAGUCGUGGUUAUGUUUCUUGUGUUUAUUUAAGGCCCACAGUCCGACAUAUUGUCCUUGUGGUGCGCCCAUGCCAUUCGUUGUUAAUAUUGAUAUUACAUGUCCUGGUGUUUGCACAUGGUCCUUUCUGUCAUGUCUGCAUGUAUAUUUGUAUGUGGCGAAGUCUUAUUAACGUUUUUCCAAAUGAGGGUAGUUAGUUCAUAUUGUCCUUUUGUGAUUGGCUAGGGCGUUCGCUCCACCCUUGAUGUAUCUUCGGUAAAUAUCAUUGGGUGUUGAUAUAGGAAUAGCGAAACAAGACGCUUUGGAUUGGCUUUUAUUCAGAGUUAGAGUAUAGUUGCCAACUGCAGAUUUUAUGCUCAUUAUCCAUACAGUAUGUGUUUUAAAAUCACACUUGAACAAACUUAAUUAAGACCACAUAUUUCAACGUGACUAAGAGCAGUGAUACCUUAGUUUGUGACGUUUCAAACAAUUCAAGCUUUGGACAAUUUCAAAUUGCUGUUAGCCUUUCUCAGUUUUAUUAUAAACUCCCUAUAAUACGUUUAACUGAUAGCGCCAUCCAUGCAUGGAAAAAAUUCUAUUGAUAAAAAUAUUUUAUAAUGUACAUCGUGGCCCCAUAAACUCGUUCAUUUCUAAUCGUUAAACUAGGCGGGGGUUUUUUCCCCUAACUUUUCAAAUAUUAAAAGGGUAUAUAUGUCCUAUCGAGCUUCGCUGUCAAUAUUUUACCAAACGAACUCGAGUAUCAAUAGAAGCUUUAAACCUUUCAAGCUUUACAACUCUUAAUUGGUCACCGCGUUGCUUGAUAAUAGCCUUUCUUUUUGCUUCUAAUUUGUUUAAUAAAUUAAUAUGCUAUCCGUCUUGCACAAUGCUAUAUGUCCUAUAUUCACAUGACCAGGCUGUUCGGUACUGUUUUGUUUCAAGAAUAUCGCAUAUAGGCCGUUUUCCACUUCAAGCGCACCGUACCGUAACUUAUCAAAACAAAUUUUAAAUUUCAAAAUUUAGUGAAUGUUGAUUGGUUAAUACUUCCGUAAAACUUUUUAUUUUGAUACGGAAUCAACCGUAAGUACGUAAAUUUGCUAACCCAUCUUCAAGCUGCGCAUGUUCAGCGGUACGUUACGGUACGAUACGAUACGAGCGAAGUGGAAAACGGCCUUAUGUGGUCUUGUGGUGUCUAGGUGAUGACGUCAUGGUCAGAUGGUUGGGUGGUGACGUCAUGCUCACGUGAUCAGAUGAUGACGUCACGUGAUCUCGUGACGAUGAACUUCGACUAAAUGAUUCUACAGCAUCACCUGAUAGUUUUAAUUCUUUGAUUCAAUGGUUUUCUAAAAUUGAGACGUUUGAAAAGAGCUUUUUCUAAAAUUGAGACGUUAGGGCUGCACAUUGAAUCGCAGGGAGCCAGACUAUGUCCUAUUUAAUAUAUGAAUAAAUAUUAAUACAAACAUACGCAUACAUGAUCUCCAUACAGUUAUAUCAAAGCAGUCAGUGUUCAGAAACACGCGAGGCGAGUUAUGUGCAUACAGUUACAUCAAAUUGGUCAGUACAGAAACACUGACCGCUUUGAUAUAACUGCAUGUAUGCACAUUACUCGCCACCAGUGCAGUGGCGUGCUGGGUACUAUUUUUCUGGGGGGGUCAGUGGGCUAUCAACCAAUAUGCGCCCCUAUAAUGUGACGCUUGAGAAACGAGGGCCGAAGGCACGAGCCGAGCGCCGCAGGUGCGAGGUGUUCCUAGGGGGGUCCGUGGGCAUGCCCCCCCCGGAAAAUUUUUAAAUUUAGAGUCUCUGAAAUGCCAUUUCCUGGACUUUGGGGGGAAGAUUUGACAGAAAUCUGAUGGUCAGGAAGCGAGAUUACAACGAGUCGAAAUUUGCAAUUUGGUUAGAAUUUCCGUAGAGGAACUUAAAUUGGUACGGUGUCAGUUUUACUAUAAAUCUUUAUUUUAGAUUAAUUGUGGAGGAAUAAAGUCACUCGUUGAGUAUCUUUGUAUAAAAUAUUUUGAUUUAUAAUAAACGCCGAUCUCACUAAUACCAGGUUGUAAUGUUUUACUAAAACGGUGUGCUUGCACUUUAUUCAUACGAAUCUGUCAUGUUUUUUGUCAAAACAUACAAAAAGAGUUUUAAAAUACUAUACAGUAUAUCACUUGAUAGUUAGUACUAUUUUUCACGUGUUGUAUCGAAUGUUGAUAACGUCAAGUAUUGCCCAUAUCGAUCGAUCGAUGUUCUCCAAUGUCUUUAAUGUUUCAAUAACCAUUGUCGAUUUCUAUAGCAUUUCUAAACAUUUUCAUAUAAGCGCCUUCGACAAUUCUGAUGUCAGACCUCCAAGGCGGUAAUAAUCUGCUCCUUUUUCAAAGACAUUAAAAUCUUCCGUUCAGUUCCGGUGUAGCGGUCUGAGAUUGCACCGUGCUGAGAUUGUAAAUCGUUGUUCUGCUCAUGCGCAGUGACCGUAUGCGCCUGCGGUCGCGUCCGCUGUAUCAAAGAUUAGAUACUAUAAAGAUGUGUCACUCGACGUAAUUCCCUAAUGUUUGCGUGUCCGUAAUUUUCCGUGUUGAUCACGAGUGAUCACGCGAGAUGACGAGUGCAUAACACUUACUGCCAAAAUGGCGGCGAGACGAAUACAAUAGGUUGCCAUCGCGAUGCUGGCGAUAUAUGACGAAUUUUGACGAAUUUGACACUUACUGGCAAAAUGGCGGCUAUAAAAAAAUCUCGGACAUGAUUUUCGCAGAGUGACACAUCUUUAUAGUAUCUAAUCUUUGGCUGUAUUCACGGCGUGCUGAGAUUGCAUCAUUGGCACAUCAAACCACAAACAAUAACACGUUCUGUUUUUCUUUGCGAGAAACUUUUGGAUAUUUAGUUUAUAUACUGGAUAUUUUUAUAUCUGCACUUCGAGAUCCUGGACAUUGUCUUUAUUCAAGGUAAAAUUCUUAUUAAAGUUUAUUGUUUACAUUGAUUUAGCUACACAUGUGUGCAAAUCAAAUCACUAAAUCAGCAAAUGCAGUACAGAUGCACGUGUUUCACGAUUUUUACGAGAAUGUCAUAGAUAGGUUUGAUUAACUUAUUAGGCUAGGUAGGUAUUACUACUAGGUAGGUCUCCCACUUGUCUUUUGACAAGGUAGGUCUCCUACUUGUGAUUUCUUAUCGUUAGCUGGCUUUUUGAUACAUGAAUUCAAUACUGCAUCACAUACAUGUAAUAUACUGUCAGCAUCUCAGCCAUUCUUUAUUGAUUAUAUUAAAUGUGUUUUAAAUCGAUUAUAAAUAUGCUAUGAUUGCUGUCAGAAUGAUUAUUAAACAAUUCUUAUACUUGUUUACUAGUGAAAUUUGUGAACAUGACUCCUUCACCAAGAAAAAAUGAUUCACACAUAGUGUCUGAUGAAACAGAGAUAUCUACCCAAGAAAAUAAGCAUCUCACCAGAGAAGAAAGACUUGGCAAGCACAAUACGCAGUGUGAAAAUUUGAUCGAGUAUUUGGUAUCUAACAAAUGCCCAGAAGGCUUGACAAAAAAUGAAGCUCGGAAUCUCAGAAACCAAGCUAAGACUCAUCUGUGGGAUUCGACUAGUAAGUACUGUAAUGUGCCAAAGUCUAUACAUUAUACUAAUUAGUAUAUAAUUACUAAAUAUUAUGCCAUGUAAUGACAUUUCUAAUUUAACCCAUUAAGCGCCAGCGCUCUCCCCUUGACGAGUAAAAUCGUCUGGCGUUAGACAGAGUAAAAUACUAAAGUAGGGCGCAUCGGGGUGCAAUGUGACUCAAUGGGUUAACUAGACACAUGGGCAGAUAGGCCAGUUAACCCAUUAAGUGCCAGCGCUUUCCCCUUGACGAGUAAAAUCGUCUGGCGUUAGACAGAGUAAAAUACUAAAGUAGGGCGCAUCGGGGUGCAAUGCGACUCAAUGGGUUAACUGGUGUUUGCCUAGGCCAUGUAUUUUUUUAUCACAUCACUACAAUUCGGUUAGAAAGCACAGAAAUUCAUGGCCUUUACUUACUAAUGCCAUAUGAAAUCAAAUUAUUCAAGGCACCACCAGUAAAAAUGGAAAUAGCCCAUAUUACUAUUUUUGCAUACAGUACCUGGGGGAGUAUACAGUACCCCUGGACCCCUAGGAAGGCCUUCAAGUCGUUAGAAAGCCAAUAAUUCGAACCGAUCUGACCGCGUAGCUCAGUUGGCAGAGCGUUGGGCUAGUAAUCCAAAGGUCGUAGAUAAAGAACAUAAUAAAGCGUGGGACAGAGCAUAAUUAUAACAAAGUGGGGAGCAUUGCAGCAUAAUCAAUGGCUUAAUAAUAUCUUAAUCUGCAAGUAUAAAGUAACUUAUUCCUUUUAUAAACUUAUAUUUUAGAACAGGAAUUAUUCUAUGUUGGUAUAAAAAAAAAUGUAAAAAAGAAAGUGGUCACUGAACUUAAAGAAAUGCAAGAUAUCCUUUAUCAGUAUCAUUCAAAUCCUAUGGGAGGACAUAGUGGUAUCAACAACACUCUUUCAAAAAUUUCCAAUUUUUAUAUGUGGAAUGGUAUGAAAGAGGAUGUGGUUGAGUAUGUAAGUAUAAUAAAGCAAAAUAAUUAUCUUCAACUAGCACAAGAUGAAUCGUUCACAGAUUCAGGUAAAAAUCUUAGUUUGAAGUCACUUGAUCUAUAACAUUCUUACCGUCACAUUAUUUUUACCUCAAUUUAGUGUAAGUCAUGUGAUCGUUGUCAGCGAUAUGAAAAAUUAAAGACAAUGGCCCCGGAGCUUCAAAGUAUUAAAGUUAAUAAGGCUAUGGAAUUGGUUGGAAUGGAUCUCAUUGGUGUGUAACCAUGUUAUUGUAUAAUUUUAUCAAUCACCUGGUGUCAUUAAUUUAAAAUUACAAAAUUUAAGUUUCUCUGCACAGUUUGCUAACUUGUACCUUUUUUGUUUGUUCUAUAUUUUACAGGUCCACUCCCAACCACAACAGCUGGUUAUAAAUAUGUUCUGACGUUUACAGACUACUAUACAAAGUUUGUGGAUUUUUAUCCUCUGAAAGACAAAACUGCAGGAGGUGUUGCUCAUGGCAUUAAAACCUUUGUUUGCAGGUAAACAAAGUAAUUGAAUUUAUCUUUGAAGUAAAUAAGUGUGAUUUGUUGUGUUCUGGAUAGUUUGUAUACCAGAUCUCUAAUCUUGAACAGUGCGUUUUAAUGCAUUUUUGUUUUUAUCUACAAGAUGGGGAGCCCCAUGUAGAUUGCUAUCUGAUCAAGGGCGGGAGUUUGUUGCGAAGGUAAUUUAUAAUUUGGUUUACCACUUUACCAUUUCAAAUUCAAUAUAUCCGAUUCUAAGUUUACUAUGACAACCCUAGCAUCCCUCUCUUUGAUGCAUAAAGCCAUCUGGAGUUAAAAAGAGUGAACAAAAAAGUAGAUAAUUUAUUGAAACUAUUGCUGUGAUUUUCACAGGUGAACACAGAGAUCUGUACGCAGUUGGGAAUUUCUCGUUCGGUCACCAGUGCAUACCAUCCACAAACCAAUGGACUUGAUGAGCGCACAAACCAAACACUAAAGGCACGACUAGCAAAACUUAUCAAUGAACACCAAGAUAACUGGGAUGACUAUUUAGAAGAAAUAGCUUUCUCAAUUCGUACCCAAAAGCAAGGUUCGACAAAGUAUAGUCCCUUCUUCCUGAUGUUUGGACGGCAUGCAAGGACUCCAAUGGAGGUAAGUACAAAAUGCAGUGUACAUAAACCAAGCAAAAUGAUAAUCACUGCUUCAAUUCAUAAAAAUUCGUUUCUUUUAAUUAAAGAUGGAAGACCCUUUAGACGAGGAAGAUAUCAAGCCAGAAGAUCCAUCUGCAGAAGAGUUUGAGGAGAUG